GUCCAGGUGUUUUUACAAAUAUAAACAUGAGAGACAACUACUUUUUCACUAGUUUUAACGGUUUUUUCCAGUAAUUUGCGAAGAAGCAGCGUAUUUAUUAUGAUUAACGUGAAAUAAAUAUAGUAAAAUUAGCGGGGUCAAAAUGGUGCGUUACUCCGCUUUAAAAGGUCUUUACGAGACUGAGAAAACCAUAGGAUGUGGCGGUUUUGCCAAAGUGAAAUUAGCCACCCAUUUAGCAACUGGCGAAAAAGUGGCCAUAAAGAUUAUGGAUAAAAAGAUGUUGGGUGACGAUUUGCAUAGGGUUUCACUGGAGCUUCAGGCUCUGAAGCACUUGAAACAUGACAACAUUUGCCAGCUCUAUCAAGUGAUCGAAACUGAGUCCCAAUUCUUCAUUAUAAUGGAAUAUUGUUCUGGAGGCGAGCUGUUUGAUCACAUAGUUGAAAAAAACCGACUAAGUGAAUCUGAAAGUCGAAUGUUCUUCAGGCAAAUUGUCAGCGCUGUAGCUUAUCUGCACAGCGUAGGAUAUGCCCAUCGCGAUCUAAAACCUGAAAACGUUCUUCUAGAUAAGCAGCAGAAUUUGAAAUUAAUUGACUUUGGCUUAUGUGCAAAGCCAGAGGGAGGCAUGGAAAACCCUCUGCACACUUCCUGCGGAUCCCCCACGUAUGCGGCACCUGAAUUGAUUUUGGGGCAACAGUAUUUGGGGUGCGAGGUGGAUGUUUGGGCAAUGGGAGUGCUGCUUUAUACGUUGCUAACUGGAAGUUUACCCUUUGAUGAUCUCAGCAUUGACAAUUUGUAUAGGAAAAUACUGAAUGGGAAAUAUCACGAACCGGAUUUUAUAUCAAAGGAAAGUAAAAAUCUAAUCAGAUCAAUGCUGCAAGUAGAACCGUCCAAGCGUAUCAAAGUUUCUAAACUUCUAAAUCAUUCGUGGCUGACUCUGGGUGUUUUAGAGCCCGUGAGUUAUAGAAGUAAGAACUCUUCGGAAUUGGAUAGUGAUUGCGUGCAGUCAAUGGGGAAGUUCAUAAAUUUGGAUGAAACAUCGAUGCGAAACGAGCUGAGCAAAUGGAAGUUUGAUUACGGCACCGUCACCUAUUUUCUGCUAUUAAAUCGCAAAAAGAAUGGCCAAAGCCUAAGGCUGAAUUCGACCUAUGGCUGGAAAUUGGUGCGAAACCCCGACAUCAAUGUACCUCUAUUGGAACUGCCGGUGAACGUUUCCAACAGACAUAAUCUCACUCCGCAUCACCGUCAGAAGCUGGAAAGUCCCGGGAAUCUAUUAAGUCCAAAACCACAAACUUUCCUUGCUGGGUUCAGUCCCUCAAGGCAGUUUUUGGAAGCGAAACAUGUGGCUUGUGAAGCUGCUGGCAGAAAGGCUGCAAAAAGACCGCGGAGUUUUGUUUUGGAAGAUUCAUCCCCAGUUCCUUCCAAGAAGCUGACACCUAGAAAGGAGACUCCAUUCAAUACUCCUGACGCAAAAAAGUCCUUUACGGGCUCCAACGACACUCCAGGCUCGGCCAGAAGAAUGCUGGGUAGUUUGGAGCGAUCUCUGCAUAAAGUGAGGCAUGUUCUCACGCCGAAAAAGCCUCUGCAUUCAAUUUCUUCUGGUCCGGUGGUGCUUAACAGCAAAGAGCUGUGCAAUGUUUCCACCACUCAGUGCAAGGAUCCGGAAUUUGUAAUCGCCGAGCUCUCCAAAGCCCUGGAAAAGAAGGGAAUUGUCUGCACAAGAAAAGGGUUUCGAUUAAAAGGAUGCUUGGAGCCGAAUACGCUGGAUCGUUUGGGCGGCUGUUCAUUCGAGCUGGAAAUCUGCUUCUUGCCCGAGCUUGGAGUUCAACAGCUCACGCCUGCCAAGUCGAUUUUGAAGCGGGGACUGUUCAACAAGAGCCUUACGAAUUCGAAAAGUAUCAACGCGAGCGAAGGUGUUGAUCGGCCAUCUGAAGUAGGACCUGGUUCUUUGGUAGGUAUCAGGCGCAAGAGGCUCAAGGGAGACUCUUGGUGCUACAAGAGGGUUUGCGAGCAAGUGCUUGCUCUGACCUCUACAGGCCUGCAGGCUAAAAGCAGGGAUAAGUUGCUCGAAUCCUCAGUCUAAGAGGAUUGAGCGGUUUGAUUAAUACUCCAAAGGGGGGGUGGAUGUUCGUUUGAUUUGGUUUUUUGGGGGGACUGCGUCCACUUUUGCUAAUCGUAAUAUUUGAGGCAGUCCUGCAGAGUCUAUUUAUUGAUGCUUUUUAUACGCAGACGUAUUUUUGGACUGGUACUUGUUCUCAUCGUUUAUUUAAGAUUAAUUCCUUUCAGAAAUUGAAGGCUUUAUAUUUUUUUGGGAUACACUAGGACACUUUGUAUAGGAAAAUUUAACUUUAUCUCUGGACAUUAUUGUACAUGUCUAACUAAAUCAUUUUCUAUUAUAUAUUAUUCGAUAA